AUGUCGCUCAAAGCAGGAGACAAAUUCCCUGACGAUGUCGUAUUCUCGUACAUCCCCUAUACCGAAGAAGCCGCCGACAUAACCGCCUGCGGUAUCCCGAUAAACUACAAUGCCUCGAAGGAAUGGGCCAACAAGAAGGUCGUUCUCUUUUCCGUGCCCGGCGCAUUCACACCUGGCUGCUCCGUGCGGCAUUUGCCCGGAUACAUUGAGAAGCUCGAGGAGAUCAAAGGCAAGAAGGUCGACAUCGUCGCUGUCCUGGCAUACAACGACGCUUUCGUUAUGAGUGCCUGGGCCAAAGCCAAUGGCAUCAAGAACCGGGAGGAAGAUAUUUACCACUGUUGCGCCGUGCGCAUCGUGAACCCCUAUCGGCUCUUCCUCUGCGAUCCUGAAACAAAGUUCUCAAAGUCGAUAGGCUGGAACCUCGGCGAGAGAACCGCCCGGUACGCCUUGAUCGUAGACAAUGGAAAGGUUGUGUAUGCGGAGAAAGAGCCUGGUCGGGAUGUCACGGUAUCCGGUGCCCUCGCUGUUCUGGCCAAACUAUGA